CGUCUCGUCAACAACACAUCAACUACAACAAUACUUAAUAGCUGUGAUAGCAAGUGUCCCAGUGUUAGCUAGCGAGAGGAUGUUGUUUCUGGCGCCGCGCAAGCAUCUGCUUGCCAGCAACCUGAUCAUCCUGCUGUUGAUCUAUGUGAUGCGCAAGUGCCUGCAACUAUUCUGCAUCAUCGAGAACAAGGCUUGCGGUAAGGAGAAUUGCAAGUGCGAGGAGCCGGAGAAUUGCAUGGACUCACCGCCGCCGGAACGCCGUGGAUUCAAGUUGAUUCCGGAUGCCAUGCGGAAAACUAUGCAUGGCUUUGGUUAUGGCGAGGGUCACUAUCAGAUCUUUGUGGAGAAAAAGGAGCGUAAUUUCCCCACCAAAUCGCGUCUGAAUGCGGCCAGCGCUGAACUCAAGUUGAAUCCCAAUUAGGUGGGCAACUAAGAGUCGCAGUUGCAAUGCCAGUGCGAGUGUUUGCAACGCAAAACCACAUGUGCCAACAAAACAAUUAUCCAAUGUCUUCUUGCGAAAUGUCUUCAUCCAUUAAUUACGAAAAAACACACAGCCGAAAGCAUUGAGCAGCAUAUUUUAUUACAAUACUUUUGAAGCGCAUUCUCUGUUU